GCCAGAACAGCCUCAAGGGUUAAGAGUGUCCCUUCUCCCGUUCCGUACGGAGCGAAGCUGCAGAUUAGCUCCUAUUGGCUGUGUGGUGCGGAGGCGCGGGUUUCACUUGCGCUCUCCAGGGGCAACGGGGGGGGGGGUGGAUCUGUGCUGUGCGGAGUCCGAAGGAGUCGUUUGAGUCCUUAUCAUGUUUUGUGGGAAAGCAAUCGAACUCAUCCGGGAGCUCCACCGCGCUAGCGACGGGCAGCUCCCAGCCUUCAAUGAAGAUGGGAUCAGACAAGUACUUGAAGAGAUGAAAGCUUUAUAUGAACAGAACCAGACUGAUGUAAAUGAAGCUAAGUCAGGACACAGCGAGUUGAUUCCAACAAUCAAAUUUCGUCAUUGUUCUCUGCUCAGAAAUCGGCGCUGUAUAGUUGCAUACCUGUAUGACCGUUUACUUCGUAUCCGAGCACUUAGGUGGGAAUAUGGUAGUGUCUUACCAAAUGUUGUCCGAUUUCACAUGUCAGCUGAAGAAAUGGAAUGGUUCAACCAGUAUAAGAAGUCUUUGGCUACCUAUAUGAGAUCAUUAGGAGGAGGAGAAGGGCUGGACCUUACACAGGAUAUUAAGCCCCCCAAAAGUUUGUAUAUUGAAGUUCGAUGUUUAAAAGACUACGGAGAAUUUGAGAUUGAUGACGGCACGACAGUACUGCUGAAGAAGAAUAGCCAGCAUUUUUUACCCAGGUGGAAAUGUGAGCAAUUAAUCAGGCAAGGAAUUUUGGAGCAUGUUCUGUCAUAAAGUAACCAUGAGCAAGAGUUUGCAGGCCUCUUUGAAGGUUUAUAAUUGGUGCAAGCAGGCUACCACAAUGCUUUCAAGGCUGAGGAUUUCAAGUUACAGUCACGAAAGGCAUGACUAAUACUUAUAGCCUUGCCCUGAAACAAGUGGAUUUCUUUGUGUAUGUAACUUUAAAUUGUUCCUUCUGGGUAACUUUUAGAGUGUCACUCACCUACUUCUGUAAUGGAAAAGGGAACAUUAUGAACGUAUGCAAAACUUAAUCUCAUGAUGUUAUGCUAGUAUAAUGUUUAAUUGGUAGUCCUAUUAUAUAUGUGAUCUUAUGUACAUGACCUUUGUAAUCCUUAAAAUAACUUAUAUGCCUAAAUAAACAGGAGUCUUCGAACACCUCA